CAACACGCGCACGAGAGACGGAAUGGCCGGGGAAGUCAGUCUGAAUUCCCUCCAGGAACUGGAACGCGAGGUCAUCCUCCAGGUCCUGUACCGAGACCAGGCGGUUCAAAACACCGAGGAGGAGAGGAUCCGGAAACUGAAGACGCACCUGCAGCAUCUCAGGUGGAAAGGAGCAAGGAGCGUGAGCCCAGAAUACAAAGAGAAGUCCUGCGCACGCUGCCAGUGCCAGCUCGGGCUUCUGCUGAACCGGGGGGCCGUGUGCAAGGGCUGCAGCCACCGCGUGUGCUCCGAGUGCCGAGUCUUCCUGCGGAGGACCCGCGCCUGGAAGUGCACCGUGUGCUUUGAGGACAGAAAUGUGAAAAUAAAAACUGGAGAAUGGUUCUUUGAGGAACGAGCCAAGAAAUUUCCAACUGAAGGCAAACACGACAGAGCUGGAGCAAAGCUCUUGCAAUCUUAUCAGGAACUGAGCAACAUUUCUGUGGUUCCUCCUACCCCACCUCCUCUGAGUGAAAGCCAGUGCACCAGCAGCUCCCACAGGUUACAGGAACUUGGUCAGUUUAAAGGAUUUAAUAAGUCCAUGGAAAAUUUGUUUCUGUCUGUUACCACCCACAUGAAAAAGCUUUCCAAGUCCCAGAAUGACAUGACCUCUGACAAGCAACUGCUAGCCACGGGUCCCAGGCAGUGUGCUAGCCGGACGGAGAGGAGGAGCCAGUCUGACACUGCCAUCAACGUCACCGCCAGGAAGCCAAGCACACCAGAUAUUCUGAAACCUCUCAACCAAGAGAGUCCCAAACACCUUACUAACCCUGUUUCGAAGCAAGAGGACGUCUCAUCCAGGCCAACGCCCAGCACUUUGUUCUCAGGAGGCUUGAGACACGCAAGUCUACUUAGCAUUAACAGCACUUGUACAGAGAUGGGAAAUUUUGACAAUGCUAAUGUCACUGGAGAAAUAGAGUUUGCCAUUCGUUAUUGCUUCAAAACCUGCUCUUUAGAAAUAUGCAUCAAGGCCUGUAAGAAUCUUGCCUAUGGAGAGGAAAAGAAGAAAAAGUGCAAUCCGUACGUGAAGACCUACCUGCUGCCUGACAGAUCCUCCCAGGGAAAACGCAAGACUGGAGUCCAAAGGAACACCGUGGACCCAACCUUCCAAGAGACCUUGAAGUACCAGGUGGAGCCCGCCCAGCUGGUGACCCGGCGGCUGCAGGUCUCCGUGUGGCACCUGGGCACGCUCACCCGGAGGGUGUUUCUUGGAGAGGUGACCAUUCCUCUGGCCACAUGGGACUUUGAAGACAGCUCGACACAGUGUUUCUGCUGGUAUCCGCUGAGGGCCAAGGCAGAGAAACAUGAAGACAGCAUUCUUCCAAAUAAUGGAGAACUUGCAGUCCGGGCCAAACUGGUCUUCCCUGCAGGGCCCAGAAAGCUCAAAGAGGCCCAAGAAGGGACGGGAGAUGGGCCAUCCCCUAAUGGUCAGCUUUGUCUGGUCGUGCUGGGAGCCAAGAAUUUACCUGUGCGGUCAGAUGGUACCCUAAACUCCUUUGUUAAGGGCUGCCUGACUCUGCCAGACCAACACAAGCUGAAGCUCAAGUCCCCAGUCGUCAAGAAGCAAGCUUGCCCCCAGUGGAAGCACUCCUUCACGUUCAGUGGCGUAAGCCCUUCUCAGCUGAGGCAGUCCAGCCUGGAGUUAACCGUCUGGGACCAGGCCAUCUUUGGUGUGAACGACCGCUUGCUGGGGGCAGCCAGGCUUGGUUCCAGUAAGUCCGUCCGAGAGGAAGACGCAGCUGGCGGUGUGGACUCAUGCUCUCAGUCAGAGCUUCAAUGGCAGAAAGUCCUUUCCAGCCCCAAUCUGUGGACAGACCUGACACUCACUCUUCACUGAAGCCAAGGUUCCAGUCCGCAGUGGGAGUCUCGAGUGCCGCAUGCCAGAAGGUGGCUGGACGCGUGGGUGUGGACACUCGCCGGCUGCAGCUGUAGCGAGAACAUUCCUCCACACCCCCACGUGUAUUUAUGUUCAACGGCUGAUGGUAUAAACAUGAGUCUCAGGUUGGUUUUGUGCUGAGGUGUGGAAAUGGUCCGAUUUCAAUAAAUGGUCAACACUC